AUGUUCAUGUCCACGCUGGUCCUGCUCACGUCCUGUCCUCUGCUGGCGCCGCUGCUGCUCUGUCACCUGCGCCACGCACGCGCACAGAAGCCCGGCUCCAGGUGGUUGAUUGGGGACCGGGACAGUCACUGCGGGCUGCCUUGCUCAAGGACUCAGGGCAAACCAGUGUGUGGAUCAGACGGCCGCAGCUACGAGAACAGCUGUGAACUGCAGAGAGCACGCUGCAAAGACAAGACCCUCACGCUGGCUCAUCGAGGGAGGUGUCGAGGUAAAAACUGGGUAAGAAUCAAUCAGCCGAUUGUGGUACCGACAUCGGCUUCAGUGGUGAGAGAUGCUGACUUUAAAGAUGGAGAUCAGUCGAAAUGCCGCUCAGAGAGGAGCCAGGCGCUGGAGCAGGCCCGCAGACCACAGGAGGCCAUGUUUAUCCCCGAAUGCAACGAAGACGGGACAUUUGCUCAGGUCCAGUGCCAUACGCUGACAGGAUACUGCUGGUGCGUCACGAGCGAUGGGAAACCAGUCAGCGGCUCCUCCGUACACAACCGCACACCAGUGUGUUCAGGGUCGGUGACAGACAAGCCGCCUGGUCCUGUGAACUCGGGCAGAAAAGUUGGAGAUGCUUCAAACCUCCACUUAGACGACGGCUCCAAACCAACCCCCACCAUGGAGACCCACGUGCCCCCCGAGGGAGAUGAGAUCACAGCUCCAACUCUGUGGAUCAAACAGCUGGUCUAUAAAGAGAACAAACAGAACAGCUCUGCAGCCAGAAAACAAGAGAAGGUUCCCUCUUGUGACCAGGAGCGACAGAGUGCUCUGGAUGAGUCGCGGCUGAACCCUCGUGAGGCCAUCUUCAUCCCGGACUGUGACCCCGGGGGGCUGUACAAGCCAGUGCAGUGUCACCAGUCUACGGGCUACUGCUGGUGUGUGCUGGUGGACACGGGACGUCCCAUCCCCGGCACCUCCACCAGAUACCAGACUCCAGAAUGUGACAACGCUGCUCGCUCGCGUAUCACAGACUCAGAGGACCCUUUCCAAGGCAGAGAGAUCACAGGCUGCCCAGAAGGGAAGAAAGUGGAAUUCAUUACAAGCCUGUUAGAUGCCCUCACCACAGACAUGGUGCAAGCCAUAAACUCACCUGCCCCCUCUGGUGGUGGGAGGUUUGUUGAGCCUGACCCCAGCCACACUUUAGAGGAGCGGGUGGUGCACUGGUACUUCGCUCAGCUGGACCUCAACGGGAGCCACGAGAUCAACAAGAAAGAACUGAAACCUUUUAAGAGAUACCUAAAGAAGAAAGCCAAGCCCAAAAAGUGUGCGCGCAAGUUCACCGACUACUGCGAUCUGAACAAGGACCGGGCCAUCUCCCUGCAGGAGUUGAAGGGCUGUCUGGGAGUCGGCAAAGAUGGUAAUGGAAACCAAGGGACGCGGCAAGGGACAAAUCUAUUCAUUGGUCGUCUGGUGUGA